AUGGAGGGAUGGGGACCGGCAAUCAUCUCUCCGUUACGACUGACUGAGGAAUCUACGAACGACGGGGCUAAAGGCCAGCUCAAGGAUCAGCCAUCUAUAGAAGAAAAUGAGAAGACCAAGUCACAAAUUCAAGAUAAAGACGCAUUAGGUCUCAAAGUCAAACGACUACAAGCGGCAUUGAAGCAAAGGACAGCAGAGCAAUUCCAAAGGAUGCGAACUUUUGAGGAGGUUGAACGACAAAACCGAGUGAUGGAAGAAGGUCUCAAACGCUUUCAAUCCACUUUAGAUUCUGUGCAAGCACGACUUCAAGACUUGCAAAGCGAAGUUGAGAUUCUGCGGGGCCAAAUGGAGGAGAUUUCAGGGAAACUCUAG